CUUCUUGUUGAUUGAACUACAAUAUCGUAUCGCGCGCUUUGUUUCGCGCGCGAUUAAUUCAAUUAUACUCGACUUGGCGACUUCCCUCGGAGAGCCAGGAGUUCUCACGGGAUGGAUCUGAACGAAGAAGACGAAAGCGGAAACGAAAACGGCCGGCAGCUAUUUCUGGUCGGCACGCCGCGCGAUCCAUUGGUAUCAGCUGGUGCGAUCGUAGCGUCGUCGACGAGUGUCUCCGACGAUGUCAACCAGAAUGACGAUCUGCAAUCGACCGCCCUAACUGGUCUAAUUGGCGGCGCGCAAUCCACCUCCGUCUGCUUCCCUGCAAAAUUCACAUAUGAUUUCUCGACUGGCCCUGAAAGCGAAGAGAGACCAUCCUGCAUUAUUGGCAAAAGAAAGCAGCGUAGGUACCGCACCACAUUUUCCAAUUUUCAGUUGGAGGAAUUGGAACGUGCUUUUCAGAAGACUCAUUAUCCCGAUGUGUUCUUUCGGGAGGAACUCGCAGUUCGUAUCCAACUGACAGAAGCUAGAGUACAAGUGUGGUUCCAAAAUCGGAGAGCAAAAUGGCGCAAGCAGGAGAAACAAUGUAAAAUUGCGACUCAUAUGACAUCAUCACACUUACCACCGGAUUGUCAAGAAGUGCAGCAACAUCAAUCGCAACACUCGGAUCACUUGUUAUUAGAAUCACCGUGCAGUCCUAUAUAUCUCGGCAUGGAAUGGGCAGGUUUCUCUCCUUACAACAACACAGACAGCGCAUCGUCUCUUAUGAACAACAUGAACAAGCCAACGGAGACAGAAGCUGACAAUAAUCCGCUGCUCGAUCCUGAAUUGUUACAAUUAAAACCUCCACGUUCCUAA